AUGACACCUUUCUUCGCAAUUUUUUUUACAUUCUUCUUCUUGCGAUCAGCGGAAUCUCUCGGGCUCGGUGCUACCGAGGCGGUGGAUCAUGAAGCUUGGAACCGCCUUCAGAUUUUGGGACGAAUUAGCGACGCCCAAGAUGGCACUCUUCAGCGUACAUUUCUUAGCCUCGGCUCCCGACGCGCGAUGGCAACCGUUGAGAACUGGAUGAUUCGAGCAGGGUUGGACACUUGGGUUGAUGAGAUCGGAAAUGUGCACGGUCGAAUCGAAGGAGCUGGCUGUGUAGGCCACAAAGUGCUCCUUUUCGGUUCCCACCUAGAUACGGUGAAGGAUGCCGGAAAAUAUGACGGAGCCUUAGGAAUUCUAGUUGGGCUCGCCGCAGUCAAAGCACUCGUGUUAGAAUCGAUAACCGAAAUGGAACCAGUGCCUUGCUCUUUGCAGCUAGUUGCAUUUUCUGACGAGGAAGGCGUGCGGUUUUCAAGUACCUUCCUUGGUAGCCGUGCACUCGUUGGGACUUUACCUGACAACGUGUUCAAGGCCCAGGACAACGAGGGUCACACUUUUCUUGAAGCGCUUCGGCAAAAUGGAUUCAAAGGGACGCUUGAAUCCAUACAAACUGCAAACAUAUCCGACGCACUGGCCUCUUACGUUGAAGUGCAUAUUGAGCAGGGUCCUGUCCUCCAGCAAAUGAAGCAGCAUGCUUCGCCAGUAGUCGGGAUCUCGGGCCAGACAAGGUUGCUCUUUACAGUGCAUGGAACACAAGGUCAUGCUGGAACUGUGCCAAUGACGGAGAGGAAAGAUGCGCUUGCAGCUUCAGCGGAUAUCAUACACGCCAUUGAAACGUAUUGUAGGGAACGAGUUUUGACUACUUCCAGAGAUAAUUUGUUGGUCUGCACUGUUGGAGCUGUGAGCGUGUGGCCAGGUUCAAGUAAUGUGAUACCGAGUUCCACAAACUUCACUGUUGACGUACGUUCGAAAUCCGACAGUGACCGGAAUGUCGUGGUUGAGCACGUUAUUGAAUAUGCACAACACGUCUGUCGGACAAGAGGGCUAAUGUUUAGCUUCGAUCGUACUCAUGAUGCGCCUGCAGUCGACUGUGAUGAUCAAAUUAUCAACAAUUUCGCAGAGUCCAUAUUACACGUGACAAAAGAUCUAAUAGGUACCCAAGACAGCGCAGAUGUUGCUAUUUCGGAGCUCUGGAGUGAUUCAGGUUCGUUCAAUAUGAAGAACACAAAAUACCAGCAUGCACUGACAAGUGGUGCAGGGCACGAUGCCCUAGCAAUCAGCCAAGCAUGUCCCAUCGGCAUGCUUUUUGUUAGGUGCAAGGAUGGCAUAAGCCAUAGUCCCCAAGAGCACAGCACCCCUGAGGAUGUUGCAUUUGCCGGUCGAGUUCUACUCGACUUCUUGCAAUCAAACGGAGCUUUAUUUUCUGCCCUAUAGAUACCGACAUGACCUGGCUUAUGACGAAGGGGAACUGCAUACAAUUUCAUUUUGCCCGACUUCAAGAUGUCUCGACCCAGCAGCAAUGCGCAAACAGAUUUUUCUUUCUAAAUUCGCUCGCCAACAGGCGUCAAUCGACAUGCUCGUGCGUAUAAACUAGAGUUUCAUGUUGUUAUGGCGAGCUUAAAGUUUGAGAGCUAGAAAUGCGAUGCGAGUUGCAACGGCGUGUGGAACGUUUCAGACAGUCGAACCACUUUCGUAACUCCAAGGCCUGGACUUGACAGUAGUGAUUUAUGCGUUGCGCGUAAUAUGCAGGCGAAAGUCCCAAACCGCGUGGCAAGUGUCGCUGCAUCGACUCUGUGGACACCGUGCGAGCAACUCAGGGCUUCGUGAAGCUGGG